AUGGCAUUUAGAGCACUCUUCCUCGCGUGCAUCCUCCUCCUUGUGUCGGCAUCCGCCUUGGCGCAGCGUGGUCCGCCUGGCGGAGGUCCUCCCGGCGGUCAGGGACGUGGGGGCGCGCGCGGAGGCCCUGGCGCCGGUUCCGGCGGUCCCGGUGGUCCCAGCAGUCCUGGAGGGCCUGGCGGGAAGCCGCCGCACGGGUUUCCGCUGAACCUGACGGCCGUCGGGAAUCUGACGGCCGAUGUUGGCGCGCAAUUGGCCAACUGCUCCGCGGACCAGACGAUCGUUGACGGCCGCUUCCACCUCGCCAUCUUCAAGAACGCCACCGGCAAUUACAACCUCCUCGUCCAGGCGCUCCUGGUCGACGCGGCGGGCAGUCCGCCCGACUCGCUCGCGAUCGUGAAGGGCGCCGUGUGCGACGCCGCCGCGACGGACGUCCUCGCGCUGCCGCUCGCCGCGGCGGACUGGCAGCAGCGCGCGGGGUGGUGGCUGCUGCACGCGGAGGCGCGCCUCGACGCGUUCCUCGAGAACGCGGACGCCGCCACUCUCGACGCGCUGCUCGCGGUGCUCCCCAACGCCUCGCUUCCGCGCACGAGUGGCGGCGGGCGCAACGGCGGAGGCAGCGCGGGGGGCGCGCGGAGCGGACAGGGUGGGAGGCGCAUGGGGCGGGAGCUGCUGAUGCGCGCAGUGGGCCGCGCUGCUAGGCAGGGGGGACAGAAUCAGGGGGGAAAGCAGCAAGGGGGAGCGCAGCAGCCGCCCGCAGGUGGAUUUUCAGGUGGUGAUGGCGGAGUGAACAUCACAGUGAGCGGGUAUGCUGUGCUGGCGGGCAGCAGCGCAGCAGGUGUGACAUGGGGCGGACAGCUCAUGGGGGCCAAAAUGCCCGCUGCUGCUGUUUAA